CUCGACCAAAGAAAGAAGAUAAAUAAGUUCAUCAGCUUAAUUUUAUGUAUAUCGAUCAAGAUGAUUUCCCGUGUCUUCUUCGCGUUUUCUCUCAUUCUCUCCGGUUCCUUUGCUGCUAUGCAGGACUUUUGUGUUGCAGACUAUGCAGCUCCUCAAAGCCCUGCAGGGUACGCUUGCAAAGAUCCCGCAAAGGUUACGGUAGAUGACUUCGUGUUCUCUGGCCUAAGAGUUGCUGGUAACAUCUCAAGUAUCAACAAAAUCGGGCUAUCGGCUGCAUUUGCUGUUAACUUUCCUGGUCUCAAUGGUCUAGGCGUUGCACUGGUUCGUGCAGACUUUGCUGUUGGUGGAGUUGUCCCGAUUCACUCACACCGUGACGCUACAGAACUCGUAAUCCUUGUGGAAGGAACAGUAGUUGCCGGUUUCAUUGCCUCGAAUAAUAAGCCUUAUGUAAAGACUCUGAACAAGGGUGACACCAUGGUUUUUCCUCAAGGUUUGUUUCACUUCCUAGUGAAUGUGGGUGAUACUCCAGCACUUGCAUAUGCCAGCUUCAGUAGUGCAAACCCAGGUGUGCAGACUCUGGAAACUGCUCUGUUUCAAAACAAUUUACCUACUGAAAUCAUAGCCAAGUCUACUUUACUUGACACCGUUCAGAUUCAGAAACUCAAGCGUCUUCUUGGGGGUACUAACUAAUGUAUCUUGAUCGAUGUGUGUGUGUGUGUCACCCGCCCUCGAGCGCUUAUUUCAUGUUUUACUUUCUGCUUGAUUCUGUACUUGUAUUUUGUUCGUACGUACGUACUGCUUCUUGUGGGCAUGGACUUAUUGAGUGCAAAUGAUUUGGUUUCUAAAAGAAGAAAAAAGAGAAAGAAAAUUAGGUGGCCUGAACAAAAGGUUGCUCAAUGAGGUCAUGAUACCCACUUGAGGUCAGAGUUGCAAAACAUGUACUUAUUGAGGGAGUCUGUUAUCGUUGGAGUUGCGUGCCAAGAAAGAAGUCACGAAUGUGUUAAAAGAAAUUUCGUACAUCCAAAAUGAUAAAUGGAUACUUCAUCACUAAUAACGUUGAUAUUCUUUUAAAUAAACUACGUACA